AUGCCCGACUACGUGUAUGCACUUCACGACUUUCAACCGGAAAAUGAGGACGAAGUCGACUUCCGUGCGGGUGAGCCUAUCGAGGUCAUAGAGAGGGAUGAUCAAUACAGCGAUGGCUGGUGGCAGGGACGCAAUCUUGCAGGUAAAAUCGGCCUGUUCCCCAAAAGCUAUACUACACCGGCUGCCCCUGCACGUCCACGUGCCUCUUCACUAGAAUCCUCCGCUGGUCCUUCCAUGAAUGGGCCUCCUGACAUAUUACAGCCAGUUGAUGAAGAGGCAGGUUCAUUCAUUGGUAGCGACGCCGAUUCCAACAUUGGUGUCGCCCUUGGCGAACCGCCUUCAGGACAUCAGGAGGAAGUCAUGCAGGCUACUAUGACAGACGUCCAGAAGGCCAUCGAACAACUUGGCCAACAUGAUCGAGAUGGAACUCGCAGCUUCAGCUUCGCUAGCACUCGGCACGGAGACACGGAUCGCGAAACGGAUACAGAUGGAGAUACCAGCUUACGGGACGACGGAGAGGACUGGCACCGUAGUGCCCGAGACAAGCUUGCAGAACAGGCGCGUAAAGUCGUGGAAGCGAAGGCCGCUACGGAAGUGGAGAUUCGCUCGCUCGCUCCUCCGAUAGACAUCGAAAUGAGUGAUGAAAGUGAGGUAGAAGACGUGGACGACGCAUUUCAGAAUGUACAUCGGUUCGCACGUGAUCAUCCCCAUAUUCCCGAGGAAGAUGAGGAAGAUAAUGACAACAAUGGCGCAGUAACUCUGAGUCACAGGAGGAGGAACUUAAGCAUGACUUCACCUGUGACACUCCCCUUGCAAGAUUUACCAUCCCUUUCAUCUAACGAUGGUGAACAAACAGCUAAAGUUCAUAAGACGUCAUUUUCUGUUACAUCAACCAUUCGCACUAUCUCCCCAGCGCCUACUGGUCAUGAACACAAUGGAUCUCAAUCCCGGUCCGCUCCCGUAUCCCCUAUGGUCAAUAUAUUUGCCCCUGUCCCUGUUAUUGCCGUCGAGCCAUCCUCCAUACAGUUACCUGCUUCCCCCGAACCCACCACCCACGCUACUCCCACGCCUGUGAUCCGCGAGAUUCGCCAAGUUUCCAGUGCUGUUUCCUCCCCCACCCCACGUGUAGUGAGCCCACCACCGACGUCCAAGCACAAUAGUGUUGCAUCCAGCGGUCAAGUCUCUACCACUUCCAUGCCGCAGACGUCGUCUGAACCCACACAGGAAAGUAGCCUAAUGAAGUCUGUUUCUCCAUCAGAGUGGAGCGUCGAAGAGGUUGUUGACUGGCUAAGGUCCAAGAACUUUGGUCAGGACGUCUGCGAUAAGUUCAUAGAACAAGAGAUCACAGGUGAUGUUCUACUAGAGCUUGACAUCAACCUUCUGAAGGUUGAAAUUGGCAUCGUCGCAUUUGGAAAGCGUAUGCGCAUUGCCAACGCUAUCGCCGAACUACGCCGACCUCCAUCAAUCAUCUUCCCAGACGCCCAGUCGCCCCAACAUCCUCAGUCCUUGUCGCACUCCCAUUCAUACUCCUACACACAUUCACGUUCUGGCUCGACUCAACAGUCUUUGAACAGCCCCAUGUUCACGACUACCAUGAGCUCAGCUAUUACUGCGCCGAACUCAGCGACCUUUGGUUCGAUGUGCAGCACCGAGAGUCCAGCUGCAGACACGAGCCAAUUCGCAGAAAGAGUAUCUAGUUUAUCGAGUACUGGUCUUAAUAUCAUUGGAGGUUCGCCGGAAAAUCAUGUCUCGACUGGUACGGUGGGGCUCGGCCUUGGGGCCCCGCCGAACGGCGACGAUCAUAAACGUACGGCGUCGGGUCAACUUGGACCUUCUCCUAGUGAUGGUGCCUUGAAUAAACGAUCUCAAGAGGAUGCACCCGAGCCUGAAGAGCUGCAAGACGACGAUCGCGGCGCCUUGAGCGAGGGAGAAAAUGUACCAUCUGUCGCCAAGCAACGCCUGCACCUCUUUGGCCGCUCUACAGAGUCCACGUCUACCGCGAAGGAGAAGGGCGGCACUUCCUCCAACAAUAAUUCUACUACCGCACUCUCGACUUCAGUGCCCUUGGCGUCGGCGGUGGUAACACCCAGAUCAUCACGGAAACGAGAGCUGCUGGACGACUCCAGUAUUGGCAGCAAGCAUAGCCGGAAUAAACGGGACGCUACGACGAAAGGAACAGAGCGGCAUAGUUUGUUCGGAGGCGCUUUCACCACUUCCCUCGGGAAGUCCAGGAAGCCUCCGCCAAGGAUCAGCCCGUCAUUGAUUGACACCGAAAGCCCAAUGGAAAAAUCUUCGAGUCUCAAUCUUUCCCGGCUGUACGGCAACAAGAAGCCCUCGGGUCGCCCGUCAACGUCAGACGGCUCGCCUUCUAGCACUCUUCGCAAUCCCUCGCGCAGCGAUUCUCUUGAUGAGAAGAAGUUGAGGGAGAAGGAGAAGACGUCUGAGAAGCUGAGAGGCAAGGAUGCAGAUAGUCAAACACUGAAAAAGAAAGAGUCCCUGAAAAAACACGUUGAUGGUCACGAGAGCCAGUCUCGAGGUCCUAAUACGUUCAAGCCAGGACAGAGUAUCAUUGACCAGAUCGGCACCCCUGAUCACCAAGGAUGGAUGCGUAAGAAAGGCGACCAUUACAAUGCCUGGAAGGUGCGGUACUUCGUUAUCAAGGGUCCACAUCUGUACAUCCUACGGAGCGACAACAAGACGGAGGUGAAAAUCAAGGGCUACAUUAAUAUCAUCGGAUACAAGGUCAUUGCGGACGAAAACGUCGAUCCAGGACGUUAUGGCUUCAGGAUAGUGCACGAAACCGACAAGACGCAUUUCUUCAGCUCUGAUGAGCAAAUCGUGGUACGUGAGUGGAUGAAAGCAAUCAUGAAGGCCACCAUUGGUAGAGACUAUUCGAAGCCUGUUGUUUCUUCCGUCAACAUCCCUACUAUCCCUCUAACAGUCGCCCAGGCGAUGAACCCUGCCCCCCGACCGCCGUCUCCUACCGCUCGCGAUGCGACACAAAAGGCUUUACGCCGCGAGAAUCCAAAUCAGCUAUCUUCUCGUGAUGCUCGCGUCCUGAUGGGUUUACCAUCAUCGGAUGGCAAUGACGCACAAGAUAGCGAACGGACACAUCUUGAUUCCUUCUUUACUGAGCAGUCCAUUUCAAGCCAGCCUGAAGACGAGCCCAAGGUGGCGAACCAAGCUCCUCCCCGCCCGACUAGAGAGGCACGCCCUUCGCCAACUACCGCGCUGAAUCCUUCUGACACGGAUCUGGUUGAAUGGGCUAAUUCACACUUACCAGCCGCGUUAAAAAAUUACGAUCUCACUGGCCAUCUUUUCAGUGGUCUUGCUCUUCUUCGUCUCUCGGAAUCAGUUUUAGGGAAAUCACCCUCACCCCCCGUGCCAGACUCGGCAUUCCCGUCUGGCCCCGAUGACGACAAGCUGGACGGGCUAUUCCGCCUGUUUGACUUCCUCCUCGACAACGACGUAAAAAUGGGUAGCGUAAGCAUCAACGACGUCCGACGAGGGAAACACGAUAAAAUAUUACAGCUUCUCAAAGCACUCAAGGCAUGGGAGGACAGGCGGAUGGACAUAUUGAGAUCUAUUGGUGCGGGGACAAUUCAAGCUGGUCCUUUCGUGACUCCCGAUAUGAACACUUGGAAGAGAUGA